AAAACAAAACAAAAAGUCAGUGCAAAUGGUGUCCAGAAGCUGUGUGGUGUCGAUCACGCUAUAAUUACUGCAUUUUUAUAAGUUUCCCGACGCUGUUGUUUCCAUACUGAUGUCAAAUGUGGGCGAUACGACGGAGAAUACGGCCAGGGUAAAAAUACUCAUCGGUUAAGAAAACAAGAGCAACCAAACCGAUUGAUGCUACAAUGGAUCCGCUGUUUCAAGCAAUCAGUCUGUAUCGCCGUAGAAAUUUCGAAGCUUGUGCGGACAAGUGCUCCGAAAUCCUGAUCGGCCACCCAUACGACCAGGCGGCCUGGAUUCUGAAGGCGCGCGCGCUGACGCAGCAGGUCUACAUGGACGACAUCGAGGCUGACGAGGACGGCAUCGCCGACACCGUCAUGGACGACAACGCCAUCGCGCAGGUGGCGCGGCCGGGCACCUCGCUGAAGACGCCCGGCACGCAGCGCGGCGGCACCAGCCAGGCCUUCAGACCGACCAGCCAGUCGGGCCGUCCCAUCUCUGGCAUGGUCCGCCCGGGCAGCCAGUCGGCGCGGCCCGGCACCAUGGAGCAGGCCCUGCGUACCGCCCGGACCGCCCGCACCGCGCGGCCCAUCUCCGCCAGCACCGGGCGCACCGUGCGCAUAGGCACGGCGUCGAUGUUGUCGGCCCCCGACGGGCCGUUCAUCAACCUGGCGCGUCUGAACCUGGCCAAGUACGCCUCAGAGCAGACGCUAGCCAAGCCGCUCUUCGAGUACAUCUUCUACCACGAGAACGACAUCAGGCAUGCGUGCGACCUGGCCUCGCAGGCAACCCAGGCGGUCAGCUACAAGGACUGGUGGUGGAAGCUGGCGCUGGGCAAGUGCUACUACCGGCUCGGCAUGUUCCGAGAGGCCGAGAAACAGUUCAAGUCGGCUCUCAAACAGCAGCCGAUGGUGGCCACCGUGCUGCACCUGUGUCGGGUGUACGUGCGCCUGGACCAGCCGAUCGCCGCGCUCAGCGUGUUCCGACAGGGACUCGACUCGUUCCCCGACGAGGUCUCCCUGCUCACCGGUAUUGCUAGGAUCUAUGAGGGUCUGAACGACAUCACUCGGGCGGCCAAGUUCUACAAGGAUGUGCUGCAGCAGGACGCCACCAACGUGGAAGCGAUCGCCUGUAUCGGCCUGAACCACUUCUAUGGCGACCAGCCGGAGGUGGCGCUGCGCUUCUACCGGCGCCUGUUGCAGAUGGGCAUCUACAACGCGGAGAUAUUCAACAACCUGGGUCUGUGCUGCUUCUACGCGCAGCAGUACGACAUGACACUGACGUGUUUCCAGCGGGCGCUGAGCCUGGCCGACGACCAGACGGCCGGCGACGUCUGGUACAACGUCGGUCACGUCGCUGUGGGUAUUGCCGACAUCAACCUGGCGUACCAGUGUUUUCGGCUGGCUCUUGUCUCUAACCACGACCACGCCGAGGCGUACAACAACCUGGGCGUGCUGGAGCAGCAGCAGGGCCGGCCGGAGAAGGCCAGGGCCUUCUUCCAGACGGCGGCCGCGCUGGCGCCGCACAUGUUCGAGCCGCUCUACAACCACGCCGCCCUGUCGGAGAAGAUGGGGGACCUGCAGUCGGCCUACAUCAUCAUCAAGAAGGCGCUGGACGCCUACCCGGAUCACGUUGACUCGGCGCGGCUCUUUGAAAAGCUCCAGCAGUCGUUCUCGUCGAUCUGAUGGGCCACCGCAGCCGAUACAGGCUGAGUCGGCCGCGGGGAGGGGCAGGGAAGGAGGAGGUCGAGAGGGUGGGUAAGGAGGCUGAGGUCCCGUGACACGGUCCUAGCGGGUAACCCGCGGUCGGGACUGACCGGUGAUUUGAAACAGGCACUUAUCACUGGUCGUUGUGUUGCGAGGGUUUUGUUGUCGGAGAGCCACACGUCAGUAUAACUGCUUUCGAGGCAGUCAGCACGUCAUGAUCUCAGUUAUUGGCUGUUGUUUUCAUUUUUCGGUGUAUAUUGAUGCGUUGUUAACGCUUCGCUGUUUCACAAGUAGCCUGUUUUAUGCGUUUUUGCUCUUAUUAUCAACUCUAGGUAUUUUUACCUUUGUUAGGACGGCUUUGAUCACCACUUAUGUCUCAUUUGUCUAUUUUAUCGUUCAUGGUAGGAACUGUGUAUCAUACUGUGAUGUAUCACAUGAAGUGGAUGAACCCCACCGCUCGAACGUUUAAUGUUCACCACGCUAACAGCUAGAUGUUGUGAUCUCAAACUGCGUCCGUCCCAUACCGAUGCUGUGACCUUGCGGUGCCGAUCGUUAUAAGGUUUACUCCGAAACGCGCUCUUAGGGAUCGUAAAGAUUCCCUUCGUCUUUUUGUUGGUUAUUGAUGAUUUAUUUUGUCUGUGCUGUUUCACCAAUACACCGAAUGUCUAUCGAAA